AUGUUUGCACGUCAAUGCACCCGCUUGGCUACCUCCAAGACAGCUGUCCCUUUGACCUCGUAUCUAGCUCGAGUCCGGGGUUAUUCUUCAGCCGCCGGUAGCUAUGAGCACAUCCUCACCUCGACCCCCAAGCCCGGUGUUGGUCUGAUCACCCUGAACCGCCCUAAGGCCCUCAACGCCCUCUGCACACCACUCUUCAAGGAGCUCAACGAAGCUCUGAGCAACUAUGACAACGAUAAGAGCAUCGGCGCAAUUAUCAUCACAGGAAGCGAAAAAGCCUUUGCUGCCGGCGCGGACAUCAAAGAAAUGGCCCCCCUAAGCUUCGCAGCCGCCUAUAAUGACAACUUCAUCGCCCCCUGGUCUCACCUCGCAAACACAAUCCGCAAACCCGUCAUCGCCGCCGUCUCCGGCUACGCCCUAGGCGGCGGAUGCGAGCUCGCACUGAUGUGCGAUAUCCUCUACUGCACCGAAAAAGCAACAUUCGGCCAGCCCGAGAUCAAGCUCGGCACGAUCCCCGGCGCAGGCGGCUCGCAGCGCCUGACCCGUGCCGUUGGCAAGAGUAAGGCUAUGGAGCUUAUCCUGACUGGAAAGAACUUUAGUGGUAAGGAGGCUGGUGAGUGGGGUGUUGCUGCCAAGGUUGUCGAGGGUGGGAAGGAGGAGUUGCUUGAGGAGGCUGUUAAGACUGCUGAGACUAUUGCUGGUUAUAGUCGUGUUGCCGUUGUUGCUGGGAAGGAGGUUGUUAACAAGAGUCAGGAGUUGCCUCUUACAGAGGGGGUUGAGUAUGAGAGGAGGCUUUUCCAUGCGUUGUUUGGGAGCAAGGAUCAGAAGAUUGGGAUGACUGCCUUUGCUGAGAAGAAGAAACCCGAGUGGUCCCAUGAAUAG